AUGAGCUCCUAUCGCCACAUUCUGCUUCCGCUCUUGGCGCUGACGAGUGGUUCACCUCAUCGUCGUCAGACCUCCAAAGUGGGUUACCUCUUUGUUCACUUUUACGAUAAUUACAAGUCUCCAGGAGAUUACAGCACCUAUCCAGCAGGCGAACAAAUCUUUGCUCACAUCAGUGACGGGAACGAUGCGACGGCUUACAAGCCUCUGAACGGUGGAGCGCCACUUUUGACUUCCAAUGUGGGCACAAGGGCCGUGCGCGACAUGUACCUCGUCUCCAAGCCGGACGAAAGUCAACACUACAUCAUCGCUACGGAUCUGAACCAGACCGCCGUCGGUGGUUUCGGCGGAAAGUUUCUGAGCAGAAGUCUCGUCAUUUGGGACAGCCAGGGUGCCAGCCUGUCCAAGUGGAACGCUCCCAGACUCGUCGAAGUUGUGCCAGAAGAAUUCAGAAUGGCUUGGGCUCCCGAAGCAGUGUGGGAUGCGGCAAAGAGCCAAUUUUUGGUCUACUGGUCGUCCAACCGCUAUGCCGACGCGCAGCACACUGGCGAGCCAGACUACGACAAGAUCUAUACCUCGUACACGUCAGACUUCAAGACAUUCACCUCACCCGAACUCUACCUGGACCGCGGCAACAACAUUGGCGUGAUCGACAUGACGAUUCACUCCACCAACAAUCCCUCCAACGCCAACGAGUACGUGCGAUUCUUCAAGGAAGAAAAUGUGUACAAGUGUCGAGGUCAAGUAUCUACAUCCGGCGUUCAAGGUCCAUGGGAGGACAUUGGGGCAUCGAACCAGUACGUCGAUAAUGAUAAUCAAUCCGAAGCUUGCUUGUUCUUCCAGGACAAUAUCGACGUCAACAAGUGGUGGAUCUUUUUGGACCAGUACGGUAGGAAUCCGGCUGGUUAUUAUCCUUAUACCGCUGAUAACGGCAUCACCAAGUACGGAUACACGGACAGAGGUGUCACUGGCGCUUUUCCUCCUCUGCUCAAGCACGGUGUCGUCAAGCCGCUGACUCAGGCUCAGUAUGAUGAUGUCUCGCAAUGGAAGUCGUAGGGCGGCGCAGUCAAG